AUGCAAAGCAAGAUUGAUGAUCUCAAAACCGAGAUAGAUGAUCAAUUUGAGGAUCUCAGAAGAUUGUCAGCGACGAGUGGGAGCGGUGUUACCAUUGCCAAUCAGGAGAACAAAUUAUAUCUCUCCGCUCAAAAGACUUUGCAGCAAUUGGAAGAUAUGGUGAAUCCCCUUACUUGGCUGAAAGAGGAUGAAGAGAGGUUAGCAAAAGAGAAGAGGGACUUGAGAACCUAUUAUUGA